GCGCAUGCUGCCACACUGUUUACGAAGCAAGCGAGAGGAAAGAACGUAAAAAAUAAUAUUUCGUGACGAAAAAAUGCUGUAGGCGCAUUGUAAAAUGCAUAUAGUGCUGAUAAAUCGCGUUUGUGAGAUGCUAAAACGCGAGUUCGACACCAAGUCCGUGCAGAACUUUAAAGUGCAAUAACAAAACAAACGAAAUAUCGAAUAAACCAAAGUGCAAUUGGCCAGUUGAGACUACAACCACAACAAAAACAACAACACAAUCGACAUCGACGACUACUAAAUAACCUUGUACGCCGUGAUCAGAAAUAUUAUAGUUAACCAGCGUAAAAGGCAUAAUAUUAAAAGGCGAAUUAGUGGUUAAAUAAUACAAGUAACAACAAGUUUAAUAGGAAAAACACGCUGGCUGUGUCUGUGUGUGUGCUAGUGAGUGUGAGUGCGAGAGUGUGCUACCAAUACUAACGCAACCACGACGCAAUACAAGCGCACAGCGCAUAGUUUUCUUUAAUAAUAACGAAAAUAAAGUAACAGCGAUUAUUAAUAUAAAACAAAAACAACAACAGCAACGAAGAGUCUCAAAAAGUGCUGGAAAAACUCGCGAUAAGGAAAAGCGAAAACAAGUGAAAAAAAAACAACAAAAACAAAGCGGAAACCCUCCACAUCGACAGAUCUUUGAAUGCUGCUGCAUUUUGAUCUCCGGCGACAAAAUGGUUUCGUUAAUUGAUACAAUCGAUGCGGCAGCCGAGAAGCAGAAGCAACUGGCGGCUGCUGCAUCCACCUCAACAUCUUCCUCGGCCUCAUCAUCGGCCUCUCCUGUUUCCUCCGAUUCCUCGGCCUCCAAAUCCAAUCUCACGGCCAGCGGAAAGCCAAAGGAGAAACGAAGGAACAAUGAGAAGCGCAAGGAAAAAUCCAGAGAUGCGGCCAGGUGUCGUCGCUCUAAGGAAACUGAGAUUUUCAUGGAACUCUCGCAGGCUCUGCCCCUGAAAACUGACGAUGUCAACCAACUGGACAAGGCCUCUGUGAUGAGGAUAACCAUUGCGUUUUUAAAGAUUCGCGAGAUGCUGCAGUUUGUUCCCAGUUUGCGCGAAUGCAAUGACAUUAAGCAGGACAUUGAUGCUGUGGAAGAGCAGCAGCAGGAAGUCAAGCCCAAGCUGGAAAUUGGUAGCGAGGAUUGGCUCAAUGGAGCCGAAGCCAGUCAGCUUUUGAAGCAGACCAUGGAUGGUUUUUUGCUGGUACUGUCCCACGAGGGAGAUAUUACCUAUGUCACUGAGAAUGUGGUCGAGUAUCUGGGCAUCACCAAAAUCGACACUCUUGGCCAACAGAUCUGGGAGUACUCGCAUCAGUGCGAUCACGCCGAGAUCAAGGAGGCCCUUAGCCUCAAGCGGGAGAUUGCCGCCAAGGUCAAGGAUGAGCAGCUGCAGGAUGCUGGGGUUACCACCCAUCACAGGGACUUGUUUGUGCGCUUAAAGUGCACCCUGACCAAUCGUGGACGCAGCAUUAACAUCAAGAGCGCCUCCUACAAGGUCAUUCACAUUACCGGACACUUGGUGAUCAAUGCCAAGGGCGAACGCCUGCUGAUCGCCGUGGGAAGACCCAUACCCCAUCCCUCAAACAUUGAGAUACCUUUGGGAACCAGCACGUUCCUUACCAAGCACUCGCUGGAUAUGCGUUUCACCUAUGUGGAUGACAAGAUGCAUGGCUUGUUGGGUUACUCGCCCAGCGAUUUGCUCGAUACAUCUUUAUUUGUCUGCCAACAUGGAGCUGAUUCCGAACGCCUUAUGGCCACCUUCAAGAGCGUGCUGAGCAAGGGACAGGGCGAGACCUGUCGCUACCGAUUUCUGGGAAAAUAUGGCGGCUAUUGCUGGAUUGUUAGCCAGGCCACGAUCGUCUAUGAUAAAUUAAAGCCACAGAGCGUCGUUUGCGUUAACUACGUGAUAAGUAAUCUUGAGAACAAACAUGAGAUAUACUCACUCGCUCAACAAACGGCGGCAAGUGAGCAAAAGGAACAACACCAACAACCAGCUGAAACUGAGCAGGACCCAGAAAAGCCGGCCGUAACCGAGCUCAAACCAGCCAACCAGGAACCCAUCGAGGCAGCUGUUCCCCUAGAGCUUGAGGAUAAACUAGAACCAGAACUAGAACUGGAACAGGAACCGGAGAAAAAGAACGAGGAAACUCCUUUGGAACUACCAGAAACCAAAAUAAUAACUGCAAACCCACCGGCAACUGUAACGACUGCCACCACUGCUGCAGCCCAGAUAAGACAGCUCCCCGAGAGCAAUCCCCUCAAGCAGAUCCUGCAAGCGGAGCUGCUGAUCAAGCGGGAAAACCACUCGCCAGGACCGCGUACCAUCACCGCAACGCUGCUUAGCGGCACUAGCGGCGGUCUGCGUCUCGAGGAGAAACGCCCCAAGUCGGUGACCGCUUCGGUCUUCCGCCCCAGCCCAGCUCCACCCUUGACUCCACCACCAUCAUCGACUCUUGUCCUCCUUGGCAAGAAGCCACAGCUCCCAGUGGAGCCCACACUGCCGCCAACAACAACCGCCACGGCAGCGAUUAUCUCCUCAAGCAACCAGCAACAUCAACAGCAGCAGCAACACACCACACAGAACCCACAACCGGCUCAAGAUAUGAAUAAAGGAUUCUGUUCGCUGUUUGCUGACGAUGGACGAGGCUUAACAAUGCUUAAGGAGGAACCUGACGAUCUGUCCCAUCACCUGGCCUCCACCGCCUGCAUUCAGCUGGACGAGAUGACACCGUUUAGCGACAUGCUGGUGGGCCUUAUGGGCUCUUGCCUGCUGCCCGACGACAUCAACUCCCUGGACUCGACCACCUGCUCCACGACGGCCAGUGGCCAGCACUAUCAGAGUCCCAACAGCAGCAGCAGCAAUUCGGCUGCCAGCAGCAGUCCCAGCAACAGUUAUGCCACCAGUCCGCUCAGCCCGCUCACACCCAAUCCCAAUCCGGCAGCGGUCACUCAGUCCCUCAAUCCCAGCCAGCAACAGCAGCAGCAGCAACAACACAACCAGCAGCAGCAACAACAUCACCCCCAGCACCACGACAACAGCAACAGCAGCAGCAACAUUGAUCCGCUGUUCAACUACCGCGAGGAGUCGAACGACACGAGCUGCUCCCAACACCUGCACUCGCCCAGCAUCACUUCAAAGAGUCCCGAGGACAGCAGUCUGCCAUCGCUGUGCAGCCCCACCUCGCUGACCCAGGAGGAUGAUUUCUCCUUUGUGGACUUUGGAAUGCGUGCUCCCUAUAUCCCAAUGGGCGACGACAUGCCCCUGCUCACGGAGACGGAUCUCAUGUGGUGUCCCCCAGAGGAUCUGCAAACCAUGGUGCCCAAGGAGAUUGAUGCCAUGCAGCAGCAAUUGCAGCAGCUGCAACAGCAGCAUCACCAGCAGUACGCCAGCAAUAGUGGCUACCAACAGCAGCAGCAACAGCAGCAGCAGUCGGCGGGUGGUGUCCUUCAGCAGCAGCAGCAGCAUUUCUCCAACUCUCUGUGCUCUUCGCCUGCAUCGACAGUGUCUUCGUUAUCGCCAUCGCCUGUGCAACAGCAACACCAGCAGCAGGCGCCAGUCUUCUCCACCGAUUCGAGCGAACUGGCAGCCUUGUUGUGUGGAUCCGGAAAUGGAACCCUUUCGAUUCUGGGAGGCAGUGGUGUGACUGUGGCGGAGGAGUGCAACGAAAGGCUGCAGCAGCAGCAGGGCAACAAUGAUUUCCGCAGUUUCCAGCAGUUGCAGCAGGAGUUGCAGUUGCAGGAGGAUCAGCAGCAGCAGCAGCGCCAGCAGCAACAACAACAACAGCAGCAGCAGUUGCUGAGCCUCAGCAUCGAGUGCAAAAAGGAGAAAUAUGAAGUGCCCAUGGCACCCAGUUUGUGUCAUUCCAUGGAGGAAGCAUUUGAGAAUGACUACAGCAAGGAUUCUACAAAUCUGGAUUGCUGGGAUCUGCUGCAGAUGCACGUGGCCGAGGCUCCAGUAAGUCCUACGGCUUCGCCUGCUCCCUGCAAGGUAACCACGAUUCAGUUGCUGCAGCAACAACAGCAACUACAACAGCAGCAGCAGAACAUCAUACUGAAUGCCGUGCCAUUGAUUACGAUUCAGAACAACAAGGGAUUAAUGCAGCAGCAGCAGCAGCAGGAGCAGCUGCAGCAGCCCGCUUUAAAGAUCUUGAACGGAGCCAGCAUUGCGCCGGUAACCACCAAGGCCACCAUUCGUUUGGUGGAAAGCAAACCAGCAACGACGCAGCAACAGCAGCAGCAGCAGCGUGUGGGAAAGCUUAUGCUACCCCAGCAGCAGCAGCAGCAUGGAAACAAGCGACACCUAAACAGUGCGACAGGAGGAGCUGGAAACCCAGUAGAGUCGAAGCGCCUGAAGAGCGGAACCAUCUGCCUGGAUGUGCAGUCGCCGCAGCUUCUACAGCAGCUCAUAGGCAAGGAUCAGGUGCAGCAGAAUCAGGCCACCAAGCGGGCGGGAAGCGAACGCUGGCAGCAACAGUCGGCGGAGAGCAAGCAGCAGAAGCAGCAGCAACAGCAGCAGCAGCAACAGCAAUCCAACUCAGUGCUGAAGAACCUGCUGGUCAGCGGACGCGAUGUUAGCGAAUCCGAGCCCAUGAUGAUCGAUGACAACUCCCUGGAGGCGCAGACCCUUGGCCUGGGCAAGUACGGCCUGCCUCUGCACUGUCACACCUCCACGUCGGCGGUGCUGAGGAACUAUCAUCACAAUCCCCUGAUCAGCGGCACCAAUUUCCAGCUGUCGCCGGUUUUCGGUGGCUCCGAUGCCGGCGGAGGCGGUGGAGUUGACUGUGAGACCGGGUCAGUGGUCUCCCUGGAUGACUCGGUGCCUCCCGGCCUAACAGGCUGCGAUACGGAUGCCUCUAGCGACAGUGGCAUCGAUGAGAACAGUCUGGUAGAAGGGUUACCUUCCGGUUCGUCGCGCAAGAGGAUCGCCAUGGAGUCGAGGGCCGCCAGUGAGCCUCCGCCACCACUAGAUGCUGUGGUGCCAUCGUCGUCCCCGGUGCAGACCGGAGAUGAAGAGCUUGAAGCUGGAUCCUGUAGCAAUGCGCCCAGCAGGAAGACAUCGAUAUCCUUUUUGGACAGCAGCAAUCCCCUGCUGCACACCCCAGCCAUGAUGGAUCUGUGCAACGAUGACUACAUCAUGGGCGAAGGCGGCUUCGAGUUCAGCGAUAACCAGCUGGAGCAGGUCCUGGGCUGGCCGGAGAUAGCCUAGGAGACGGCAACGGAUCCCUUGAUCCCACUGGCAUGCACUGCAUUUCUAAAACGAUGGCAUUUUUCGAGGGGAAAUUGAAAUUAAACUGAGAAUCAAAGAAGGAAGCUAACCAAAAGAUUGAUUUUGAGCCUUGCAACCGUCAGGACCCCAUCCCCAGGCCAGUUCCCAGUCCCCAAGCUAACCGACACACAUUUACAAACAGGAAGGGUUUAAUCACACUUGAAUAGUUUUGUAGCCAUGUUAACUGCCUAGAACAGACGAUGAAUAAUAUACACUUAUAUAGUUUAGUUUUUACACAGAAAAAAAAGAAGGAAAAGGAGCAAAUACCAGUCGAAAAAAACUAAAACUACGUAAACGAAAAAAAUUUAAAAUUUCAAAAAAAAAAAAGAAAAAAACGUUCAUGGUUUUUCCGCUAGAAGAAGGCUCAAAGAAGUUUUUUGGUGAUGGUUGUAUUCCCGUUUUCAUAACUUUCAAGCGCCAAAGCUGUGACGACAAAAAAAGAGAAGAGUUUUUGAACAUGUUUUACAAGUAAAUAUAAUUACUAGAAAGGAAACAAAAAAAAAGAAGAAAAAACACAAAAAAAUAUAUAUAUACAUUUAUGUAAUAUUUAGUUAUUUAAGUCAUUAUUUUCAAUGUUUUCAAAUUACACAAUACUUUAACUUUAAUAACUUGGAACUAAGUAAACAUCUUGACCCGAUUCUUAUAUACCUUGUGCAUUUCUCUAUCAAUUAAUUAAUAACUUUUUGUGUCGAUUUCUUUACCAUUUAUCUCUCAAUUUUUAAUUUUUCGUAAUGUUUCCCUCAGUUACCUUGAUUCUUGAUGUAAAUUAGUUUUUAGUUCUCUGUUUAAGGCGCCGCAUCAUACAAAACGAAUUGUUUGCUUGCUCUAAUCCAAAUUCAAUCAAUGUUCAGUGUUUAUUCAACUUUGUUUUUAUUUUAUAAAUAUUAAUUGGCUAAAUAAAAAUAUACAAAUUCA